UGAUAUAAAUCCCCGUUUUAUAUAUAUAAGAGUAUUAUUUUUUUUUUUAAAUCCAGACUUUUAUUUUGUCAAUCGUGCAUUAUCUUAACACGGAAACGAUAUGUUCAUUCUCACCCAUAAUAUUUGUAGCUUACAUGGGUCGUUUGUAUAAACAAAACAGAUCCGCCUAGCGUUUUGAGGAUUGUAAACUAUGUCGCCUCGUGUGCGCGUUACUAACACAUUCCAACGCUUUUGUCGUCGUUAUCAGCGCGUUUGAGCCCAGCCCGCUUCGCGUAACGGCGCGUGCAGAGCGCUAAAUAACGGAAUUUAGCGAUCAAGACGGAACUGACUGUGCUGCGAAAACAUGGCAGAGUUGCACGUUGAGUCCAGCGCGACUGGCAUCCUCGAGCAGCCCGAUCAUUGUGUGAGUGUGAGACUGCCCUCACCCACCCUCAUGAUACCGACCCGGAGCGGCUUGUCCAGUCCGGGGGUCUCGGGUUCGAGAGCGGUGUUUGGGUUCCCUAUGAAGAGCAACCCCAGUUCCCCGUCGCCAGAAGCCACAGAGAAGCCAGGGUCUCGGUGGGUUCGACUCAAUGUUGGGGGAACCUACUUUGUCACGACGAAACAGACCCUGUGCAGGGACCCUAAAUCGUUUUUGUAUCGAUUAUGUCAGGAAGAUCCGGAUUUGGAUUCGGAUAAGGAUGAGACGGGAGCGUAUUUGAUUGACAGGGAUCCCACAUAUUUUGGACCCAUCUUGAACUACUUGAGGCAUGGGAAGCUGAUCAUCAACAAGAACCUCGCUGAGGAGGGUGUUCUGGAGGAAGCAGAGUUUUAUAACAUUGCAUCACUUGUGCGGCUUGUAAAGGAAAGAAUACGAGACAAUGAAAACAGGACGUCUCAGGGUCCUGUGAAGCAUGUGUAUCGUGUAUUACAAUGCCAGGAGGAAGAGCUCACUCAAAUGGUGUCCACCAUGUCAGAUGGUUGGAAGUUUGAACAGCUAAUAAGCAUUGGCUCCUCCUAUAACUAUGGCAACGAGGACCAAGCAGAAUUCCUGUGUGUUGUUUCCCGGGAACUCAACAACUCAACUAACGGAAUUGUUAUUGAACCCACUGAGAAGGCUAAGAUUCUUCAAGAGAGAGGGUCUAGGAUGUGAGAAGCCUGGUGCCUGAGUUUACACCGAUCUCCCAUCUUUUACUUCCCUUCUCCAGAUCCAACUCCACUAUACAGCUGACUCCAAGUUCAUCAGCUCCUCUUCCCUCCCCCCUUGUGCCUUUCCACUGUGGGGGUUUACGCCCCCUUCCUUUCUGUAGUGCUGCAACAUUAACCAGUCAGCACCAUUGCUAACUCUCACUGCUAUUUUGCGUCUAUGGUUCAACCUCUGAGGUUCAUAUUUGAUGCAAGACUGCUCAGAAAGGAUUACAGGGAAGGAUUCAUCAUUCAACAUAAUGCUUAUUUAUGCAGCCGCCAUCAUAUCCUAAUCAUUGGCAUUGUAAUCUUUACGGCGACUGGCUUUAAAGUCUAAGGGGCUGCAUUCAUACGACCGUAUUCUCCUCAGGACUUCCAAAGGUGUGCAAGAUGGACGAAGCAAAAGUCACAUCUCCGAUAUUCAGUAUAGCUUCUCUAUAACAAGCACAUUAACUGUAAAUCAUUAGCAAUCACAUUCAUUUCAAUAUCCACUCAUCCACAGCGGGUGGCACAAUGGACAAAAUGAAGCUUUUGAACAUUAAACAUUUCAUCUCCGGAGUGGCAUUUUGUUAACUUAUAUACCCAUCUGGACAGGACCAGAGGAAAAGGUAAAACUCAUACUGCCAGUCGUCCGGUCAGAUGCACCGAGUCUCACAUUUCCAAUUCCUGGGAAUAGAUUUUUUGCCUGCAUAUUUCAAAGCAUCAAAAUAGGAAAUACAAAACAGAAGAUAUAUGUGGUUGUUGGGCAUGUGAGAAUUAUGUAUAUUACAACAUAUGUAUUAAGAUGAGGCCGAAUGCAAGUGUAAUUGUUGAUAUCUGUACCAUAGUGGUCGUUUUUUGUGUUUAUCAAGACGAGUUUCUCAAUUUAUCUGGGAGAGAUACUGAAUUAACCCUUAAUGUACCUUAUAAAUGCCUGGACGUGAGAUUUGUCUGUGUUUACCUUCAAACUCUGUCAAUGACUGGAAAAAAUAAGAGAUGCCUUUUAUAGAGGUAUUAGGCUUUUAUAGUCCAGGUGGUUUAGGAGAUCGCAUUAGUGGCUCGACAUUUUACAUUAAAAUCUAGUUCUCCCUAUAAUACCGUAACAUUUUUGGCUAUUUAACUGUUCAACUUGUUCUUUAAAAAUAGUCUGAUCACAUCAGUGGAAUGUUGUUGAACGUAAAGGGCUCCAUUUAUUGUGGACGUAGAUUCUUGCCAUUGUUCCAAAAUGUAAUGUAUCAGUAUCUCUUCAGGUAAUUUGUUUUGUGUAUACUUCAUUAUUUCGACAUUGAAGCUGGUAUUUUGUCUGCCCACAUUGUUUAACAUGACUCCUCUCUAGUAGCAGAUAAACUUGAUCAUUUUUUUGUAAAAUAUACAUUGUGGAAUAUCUACUGUGACUAUGGAAGUGAUCGCAAAUGGACAAUAUUUGGAAAAAAUCUCUAUGAACAGUAUCGUCCGGGUUGUAUUGACUAUUUGGUUGUUCAUAUCUAUUGCUAAACUGUUGAUGAUUGUAGGGGUCGGUUUAAGAUGGUUGUAUGUGAUGUAUUUAUGGUCUGCAGUGUUUUAAAGUGUUGUCUUUCCCUCUCUUAGUACGUUGAAAGGUUUUUGCCUCUUUAUCGCAUCAAACGCCUGUUAUUUUGUUUAGCAUAUCAAGACUAAUUAUUCGACUUUGUGAGCUACGCUUGGUUUGCCUGUCUUUAUGUGGCUGGCCUUCCUUUUUCUUUGUCUGUGUUAAUGUUUUCCCCCUCCUGGAGACAGUGUUUAUUUGUUCAGCCCCAGUUGUUGGUCAUUGAAAGACCUUAUAAUGGGACCUUUUUGUACAUUUGUAUUGUUAACAGUUACAGAUGGCACUUUUUUGUCUCUGAUGUUUUAGUGUUGUGCCUUUGAUCUGUUACUCCCAUAUGUUAAUUUCUUACAGAAUUAUUCUUCCUAAAUAUGGAUACAGGUUGAGAAACAUAUCAGUGGAGCAUAAUGGCCUGUUUACUUCUCAUGUUCUCUUAUUUCGUCUCUUAAAGGGACAUUCCACUUUUUUUGAAAAUAUGCUCAUUUUCCAGCUCCCCUGGAGUUAAACAUUUGAUUUUUACCGUUUUGGAAUCCAUUCAGCUGAUCUCUGGGUCUGGCUAGCACUUUUAGCAUAGCUUAGCACAAUCCAUUGAAUCUGAUUAGACCAUUAGCAUCACGCUCAAAAAAUAACCAAAGCAUUUCGAUAUUUUUUCCUAUUUUAAACUUGACUCUUCUGUAGUUACAACAUGUACUAAGUAGGACAGAAAAUUAAAAGUUGGGAUUUUCUAGGCAGAUAUGGUUAGGACUAUACUCUCAUUCUGGCGUAAUAAUCAGUGACUUUGCUGCUGUAACAUGGCUGCAGCAGGCGUAGUGAUAUUACCCACUGCCCGAAAAUAGUCCCCUGCCAUUGAAAGUAACCAGUGCGUAAUAUCACUACGCCUGCUGCAGCCAUGUUACAUCAGCAAAGUCACUGAUUAUUAUGCCAGUUUAAAAGUAUAGUUCCCAGCCAUAUCUGCCUAGAAAAUCGCAGCUUUUAAUUUUCCGUCUGUCUUUAUACACGACAGAAGAGUCAAGUUUUAAAUAGGAAAAAUAUCAAAUCUCUGUUUAUUUUUUAGCGCAAUGCUAAUGGUCUAAUCAGAUUCAAUGGAUUGUGCUAAGCUAUGCUAAAGUGCUAGCGCCAGACCCGGAUAUCAGCUGAAUCGAUUUCAAACCGGUAGUAAUCAAAUGUUUAACUCUAGGGGAGCUGGAAAAAAAGCAUAUUUUAAAAAAAGUGAAAUGUCCCUUUAAUAGUCAGUUCUGUCCCUUGACUCAAGUACUGAAUGUGCUCUGUUUUCCCCACAUUAUUUUUGUUCUAGUGGUUCAUGUGCCUACCUAUCUGUAUUCGGACUUUUCACUCCUACCCCAUGCACUUUUACUUUGGGCUCUUAAUUUUGCACCUCUCUUUAUGUUCUCCCUGUGUGGAUUUUGUUCUAUUUUAAGAAUUGAACGCCAUGCAUGGCAUUAGAACAUGA